UCUUCAAAGGGUCAUGUAAGAAACUAGGCUUGUAUUAAAAAAAAAUUAGACGAAAGGUUUGAGAAAUGUUUGUGUUUGUUUGCAUCUACCUGUAAUUUGUUUGCAUCUAUCUGUAAUACCUGAUAACUCAUUAGUAUUACUCUGUGUAGCCCAGUGGUCGGCCGCUGUCUCUGCAUUCCUGAAGUCCAGGGUUCGAAUCCCAAUUUUUUGUCAUUUCCAUUUUAUUUCAAUUUAUGUAUGCUGCACGAAAUUUUGACAAAAAAAAUUAGGUAUCUGAGAUUCGAACCUGUUUCUUGUAAAAAAAUACAUCAAAGUUAUUUAAUAGAUUAAUCUCAUAUUGACUUUCUGUGUUUUAUAACUUGGUAUAUGAUUCUACAUUGUUUUAACUGUGUAUGUAAUGUGUAAUGCAAUGCCCCAUCAGACUAUUGCAGUAUGCCCUGGUUGAAGUCUGUCCCUUAUGAUCGUGGCAGUUUGUUUCCGUAUAAUUGAGGAUUUCGAAUAAGAAUAGUUGUUUGCUGGAUUGAUAGGAAAACUUAGGAGUGCUUAUGCCUUAAAAACUCCUAUCUUUGUUUCCUGAAUUAGAUUUACCUUUCUUAAUUGGAAUAUGUUGUUAAUUUGUGUUUAUCUGCUAUCUUGUGCGCUAUCGUCUGCAAAAUUACCCCUCAAACGAGGCCUUCUCAUUUAGGAUCACUGGAAAUGAUGCAUACUGUUUUGUUUUGAUUUGUUUUGGGGGUAUGACUUUAAUGCUUCGGAUAUGUUGUUAAAUGCUUCAGAAACUUGUUUGCUUCAUAUGAGUUUUUAGUGUGAUUACAAGGUGGUGCCACACGUUCUCUCGAGAGUUGCUCUAUGUAUCUUUUUUUUUUUUUGAGGUAGCGGUAUGUGUCUAGUUGUGCAUUUGUCAUGAAUCCGAAUAACACCUAAUGUAUCUGUGCGACUUCAAUAGUAGUUUAGGGCAAUGAUUCUCUUUCUUUUUGGAGUUAAGGUUACUUAGCUGUUAACUUUACUAGUUCUACUUGUGCUGCUCAUCAGAAUCUUUCAUCUUGAGCUGCAGAUGAAUUAUCUAUGCAUGAGUAUAAUUAACUUAAGACCUGCAAAAAAAAACUUAAGACAUCUUGAAUUCUGGUUAUUUGUAUCUCAUAAAUAUUCAGGUAUGUCCACAAUUCGGUCUUCAGCGUCAUUUUUUGGUACUAACUGAAUUUUUUACAUCUCUAAGCUUUUUUGUGAUUAUGUGGUCUUCAUUGUGCGUUCCCUUUGUUUUGCGUAUAAUUAUGAAAAAUAAUUUUGUGCAGAACUAUUUUAGUGCAUAUAUCGUAGAUUCAUUAGCACCAUCAUACAUCUGAAACGCAAAGUUCUUACAUCUAAGUUCCUUUCCGAGUUUUUCUUGUUUCAUUUGUUGUACAACUUAGAUAAACAUAUUAGUUAUAUAUGUUCAUACCAACUUUUUAUCCAUUGUUGAUGUGAGUAUGGCUGUCUUCUUUUAUGUUAGAUAGUGCAGUGUGAAUUAAGUUGUUUUGACAGGGCAUUGUCUCAGAUUUGGUACAUGUCUGUUGUUAUAGUGUCAUCGUGUACAGUCAUAGUGCAAGGUGUUAAUUUGUGUAUGCUUACCUUUGUUGGCUUUAGUGAAAUAGUUGUGCUAAUUAAUAAAUCCGUCCUUCUUUUCUAUUUUAUUUAUUUGUUUGGAAUCUUAGAGUGAUGGCAACGAAAAAUUCUAGUAAAUAAGUACUUUUUGGUUUGCUGCUACUGAAAUUGAUGGUUUGGUAAUGUUCAUAUUUCUUUUUCAAUAGGACUCCAUCAUUCUAAGUCACUUUUGUUUUCUUACCAGGGAGGGCACUUGCAUCACUAAGCCUAGGACAAAGAAGCCAGAGGAUGCAGAGGACUGGUCGUGGGAAGAAAGGUUAUUCUACGGUUGCAACAUAUUCCCUGGUGUCCUCGACCAGGGUACUGCUGGUCUCGGUCUUUGUUCUUUCACUUCAAUAACCUCAGCAGGACAGAUGGAACUGAAUGCAGCAGUGGCCAAGAAGACUGGGCAGAACUGCAUGAUAAAGCUUGAUUGGGAAUCAUUGGUAACAAGAUUUCUUCAGCUGAAUGGCCUGAAAGCAGAGGAUGGCAAACUGGAGAGGCAGAAGUUACAGGAGAUAAUCUUCAAUGAUGAGGUGGGUUACAACACGCCAGAAGGGGCUGCCUGGUGCUUCAAGCAUAUGGGCAUUAAGGCAGAUAUCCACAAGGAUGGGGACAACAUUGGCACCCUCAACGUGAGCCUUCAUGAUUACAGACGUUAUGAGCAGAUGGACGCUCAGGAGGUAAGGGAACACAUAGAAAAUGGCAGGGCGAUCAAGGUACGGAUACUUGCCGGAACAGAGUUCGACUCUCUUGAGGACGACGAGAUCUAUUGCUGGCUCCCAGAGAUCGAUGAGGACACUGGGAAAUUGGUGGAGGACCCAGACCCCCACGCAAUUGUAUUGCUUGGCAAUGGUAAUGCUGGGCCCUCAUUGCGCAAUGAACAGUACCACCCGUUCCUUAAUUCACAUGGAAAAAAAUAUGCAAAGGGUGGAGUUGGGUGCAUAUUUUUCAAGGGUCUGUUCGGCCCAUACUACUUGCUGGAAAUGAAGACAGAGCCGAAGCUCUCGUAUGGUGGGAUGUCUCAGCUUCCUGCUCCUCCUUUUCGCACGUAUGUCCCGACUCCUCCGCCCCCUGGUUCCCCCGCAUCACCGCCAUGCCCGUCUGCCUUCACGACUUUGCCUGCCCAUGGCCGCUUCCCUGCACCAUCACGCCCGGGUGCCCCCUCAACUCAGCAUACUCCACGUUACUUGCCGCCUUGGCAUCCCAGUCGUAGCUCCUGUUUACCUGGUCCAGUCAGCGGCCACAGUCUCACUCCACCAAGAGGAAGAUACAGCAUGGAUGUCCCGACACCUCCGCCUCAUGAUCGCUCCGCAUCACAGUCACACCUGGCUGCCUUCACGCCUCCGCCUCCCCAUGGCCGCUUCCCUGCACCAAGACGCCCGGAUGCCCCCUCAACACAGCGGGCUACUGCACCUCACUCGCCACCUCCAGCCCGCGGUGAAUGGCCCACUGCACCAAGAGGAAGAGACACCAUUGAUAAGAAAAGAUGGUAGGAUGAAUGAGGAGGCUCUCAGUUCGUGGUGUGAGGACAUGAAAUGCACAGAUGGUGUGAGGAGGUGAAAGACACUUCAGUUGGCAGGACAAAGUCGUCGUCUUCUGCUUAGCGGUGCCGUGAUUAUUUUGUCUAGACAGGACAUUAUUUCCCACUGACCCUGCACGAACGUGUUUUCAUGGAAAAGGCUUAAUUUGUCCAAGGAUUUUGAUGAGUUCAUGUAGUUCGUUCGUUCGGUUCCAGGUUUUGUGGCAUGCUAACUUGCAUUGACCCUACCCUAUUACUAGCAAUAUCCGCGCGAGGCGUGGGCUUGUGUAGCAUCUUUAUUGUUUACACUCAAACUCAAUUUAAGGCUGGAGAAUUAAUGUGCGUGA